AUGUUCAUAUUUGACUUUUUUAAAAAUUUUAUUCAAAGACUUGGUCUAUUUUAGAAAAGUGGAAGAAUUCUGUUUCUUGGACUUGCUAAUGCUGGUAAAACCACUUUGCUUGGAAGAAUGAAAGAUGGCAGGUUUAAACAAUAUGAUCCUACUCUAGGAUCAAAUGUUGAAGAGAUUUAGAUUUAAAACAUGAAGUUAAAAGCUUUUGAUUUAGGUGGCCAUGAAGCUGUAAUAAAAGCAUGGAAAUCUUACUAUCAUAACAUAAAUGGAAUCUUUUUUUUAGUGGAUAGUACUAACAAGGAGAAAUUUUAAGAUUCUAAAGAAGAAUUAUAAAAGAUUCUAACCUGUGAAUAGUUAAAAAACGUACCAAUAGUUUUUUUAGGAAAUAAAAUAGAUCUGAAAGAUGCAGUAUCUGAAGAAGAGUUAAGGAAAUCUCACGAUCUUCCAGAUAAGUAAAGACUUGAAAAAAUUGAUUAUGAAAUUGUUAAUAAUCAUCCAAUUAAGAUUAUUAUGUGUUCUCUUUCAAGGAAUGUUGGGUAUAUUGAAGGAUUUACUUGGAUUUCUCAGUUUGUUAAAUGA